AAAAAAUAAUUAAAUAUCUAAUGUCGUGUUUCACAUUAUCUGUGAACAACUGUUUUUCAUAUCUUAGUUUCAUUUCAAAAUCACGAAAGGAAAUAUGUUCGUUACAAGGGAAAAAUUUGUGUAUCUGUGGUUUUUGACAGUGUUUGUCAAUUUUCACUCAUGUUAUGAAUUGUCAAAUAAUUGCAAUACAAAUUGGAAUGAAACGAUUUUUAAAAAAAUUGAAUCUCUGGAGAAUUUUUAUAAUCUAUCAUUAAAAAAUUUACAAAUUUUAAUUAUGGGAGAAGUUUCGCAAAAGUGUCCAAAUAUUACAUCAGAUGUACUGGUUCGUAUUUCUAAAGGAAUUUCUUGUUCCCUUUCAAGAUAUGAAAACAUUAAUCGAACAUUGAUUAUGAAUUCGAUUUCCGAAGAUGCUGCAAAUGAUAUAGCGAAUGUUUUGGAAAAUAAGAAAAUUUACAAUCUCAGUCCAGUAUAUUCUGACCAAUGUCUAUCACAAAUUUACAAUUUUGAUUUGAAUAUUUUUAAUAAUUCUGGAAAAUAUUUAUCCUUUAAUCAAACAGAAUUAUACACGAAUAUUUCUAAUGCAUUAAUAGAAGCAAAUGAAGGAAUUUCAAAUGAAAAUUUAAGUUCUUACGUUGUGGCAAAUAUUUUGAAAAUUUUGAAUAAUAUUCCUGACAAUGUACGACAAAAUAUUUUUAAUAUAACUUUUCAAGUAGUUAAAAAAUGUCAUUUGAAUAGCCAAUGGCAGAUAGGAACUUGUGCUAUUGAAAUAUCACAAAAAAUUAUGGAUUUGAUAGGAAAGUCACAAAUUCCAUUAAAUUAUGUAUCGCCAUCUUAUACAAAAAUUGAAACUUCUAUUCAGACUUCAGAUGUUUAUCAACUGUAUGUAAAUCUCUUUGAGUUUUUAGAGAAUUACGAAUCUGAAUUCAUCUUAGAGGCAUUAUUAAGUGUACAAAUUGUUAUUAAAAACACACUACAGGAUAAAAUUCCUAAAAUAAAAACGAAUAGUUCUUUAAAAAGAAAUAUUUUCAAUAUAGCUUCCUAUAUUGUACAAUGUUUUAAAAAAGGAAAUUCAAAAAUAAAUGCAUUGUGCGCAUUGUAUGUAACAAAAAAUAUUAUAAAUGCAACAAAAGUAUUUACAAAUUAUCAAAAGACUGAAAUGAAUGAUUUACGAGAAUUUGCAUUUGUUAAUUUAAUAUCAUAUGAAAUUAUAAACGUGACUAAUUUUAUUUUUAAUUUUAUUGCCGUGACAGAAAAAUUAUUUUUCGAAAAAUAUGAAAAAAGGAUGGAAAAUAUAAUUUAUGGUAUUUUAAUCGAAUAUAAUAAUAGCACAAACAUUAAGAAUAAUUUUAAAGUAAUUCUUGAUAGAUUACACAAUGCAGAGGAAGAAACGUUAAGCAAUAUUUAUAUUCUCAGUAAUCUUGAAUUAUAUCUCAAUAAAUUUCUUAUAGGAAAUACAUCAUCCUUACAAUUAUCGUAUUUAAUUAUGAGAAACAAUUUAAUGUCAAAAUUACCUCUCGAUUUUCAAGAAAUACAAAUUCUUCAAUUACAGACAACAUUUUUUCACAUUCUUCUUGAACAUAAUUACGAUUGUAAUAAUUUUAACGCAACAAAUCUAAUAAACGACAUUCUCAUAACAACCGAAUGUUUUUUAAAUUCAAAACAAAGUUUAGGUAUUGAAAAUCAAGAUGCAAUAACAAUAUUGAAUAUUAAUAUAACUGCAAUCGAGCAAAAUUUGACAUCAAUAUUGAUUGAAAGUAUGAAACAAAACUAUUAUGAUCAGAUGAAUUCAAUAGAUAGAGUUACACAAAAUGUGUUAAGAAGUAUUGGGUUUGAAAAAUUCAUUUGUACAAACAUCAAGAAACCAACGAUUGCAAUGUUCGAAAGUUAUUUAUUUAAUGUCAUAAAGCAGGAAAUCCUACAAUUUUUUCCGUCUGAAGGGAAAGGAAAUAUUUUUAAUCUUGAAUUUGUUAUUAUAAAAUUACUUCUUCUUGAGUAUUCGAAGUGUAUUUAUGAGAAAGGCUAUAAUUUAAUGAUUGGAAAUGAUCUUUAUCAUGUGAGAGCCGACUGGCAUUGUUUAGAGAAAUAGUAAACGGAAAAAACAAAUAAAUUAACUAUUACUAU